ACUUCCUUCUGUCAUGUUAUCUGGGUGCCAGCGAGCGAUUUGCGGAUCCUUAUUCGCCCAGGAGACCGUAUUCGGAUGGAUCCUCACUGGCCCCAUUCCAACCAAAGCUCCAAAGUCCUUCUCUACAUGUGUAUCGUACUUCUGCGAAAUUGCUUUAGAAAAAAGUCUUCUGAAAUUUUGGGAGGUGGAGAAUAUUCCACAACAGCGUGUAAUGUCCAAAGCAGAUAGACAAUGUGAAGAAAUUUAUCAGAGAACGACAACUAGAGAUGGGAAUGGAAGGUAUACUGUUUCGCUUCCGUUUAAAGACGAAUAUUCCGAUUCACUAACCUUAGGUCAGUCGAGAAAAGGUGCGAUGGCCCAAUAUAUUCGGAAUGAAAGUCGUCUGCUAAAAAAUCCAGAAUUGAAAAGAGAAUAUGAUCUUAAUAUUGAAGAGUACGUCAAACUAGGACAUAUGAUUCCUGUUCUACCUCCUACAAUCUCAGAAUUUCCCGAUCAUUACUAUUUGCCGCAUCAUGCUGUUGUGAAGCCAGAUAGUUCUACCACUAAAGUCCGUGUGGUUUUCAAUGCUUCUUACGCAACAUCGAAUGGUACAAGUCUAAAUGACGUUUUGUACACUGGUCCAGCCUUACAGAACGACUUGACUAUUCUCAUCCUUAAGUGGCGUUUUUAUCGCUAUGUUUUCAGUGGUGAUAUAGAGAAAAUGUAUCGCCAAAUCCUUGUGUCUCCUUCUCACACCCACUUUCAGAGAAUCCUGUUCCGCCAGAAUCCAACUGAACCAAUAAAGGAUUACGAGUUGAAAACUGUAACCUUUGGUGUUAACUGUGCACCGUAUCUUGCGAUACGUACGAUGAUUCAACUAGCCAAUGACGUCCAUGAUUCAUAUCCAUUAGCUAGUCAUGUUUUGAAGAAUUGCAUGUAUGUGGAUGAUGCCCUUGCAGGGGCACAUGACAUACACACAGCAAUUUCAACCGUACGUGAAUUAAUCCUAUCUCUGAAGUCCGCAGGAUUCAACAUGCGAAAAUGGACCUCCAAUUCAACAACAAUUCUCUCGGACUUGUCACCCGAUGAUCUUCUUAAUGAUGGCUUUUUAGACUUUAACGCACAUUGUGCAGCUAAAAUGUUAGGCAUUCGUUGGAAUGCGUAUUCUGAUCAGUUUUAUUUCUCCUCCAUUGCAUUUUCUCCCCAUACUUAUACCAAACGAGAGGUUCUUUCCCAAAUAUCAAAACUAUUUGAUCCUGCUGGCUGGAUUUCGCCGGUCAUUGUAUUAGCCAAGAUAAUUAUGCAAAAAAUAUGGCUAGAUAAAGUGGGUUGGGAUGAAGAGAUAUCACCAGAAUCAAUUGACUUAUGGAAAGCAUUUCAGUCUUCAUUUUCUUCCAUCAAUGAGAUUCGUGUUCCACGUUGGUUUAACUUUGUCCCAGACCAUGAAAUUGAAUUCCACGGGUUUUCGGAUGCAUCAGAAAGGGCUUAUGCCGCAGUACUAUACAUUCGAAUUGUUUCUCCAACUACUGUGUACACCCACUUAGUGGCUUCCAAAACGAAAGUAGCACCGAUUAAGUCCCUAUCUAUUCCUAGACUGGAAUUAUGUGCAGCUACUCUCCUUGCUGAGCUAAUUGACAAUUUAGUGCCUCAAUUCGACGUUCACCGUCACUCAUUACAUUGCUGGACGGACUCCACCAUUGUGAUUUCAUGGUUAGCAAAACAACCAUGUCAUUGGAAUACUUUUGUAGCAAAUCGAAUUUCUAAAAUCAUCCAAACUGUCGAUCCACCAAAAUGGCACCACGUCAGUUCAGAGGACAACCCCGCCGAUCUCGCGAGUAGAGGUGUCUAUCCACAGGAUCUAAUCCAAAAUGAUCUUUGGUGGAGAGGUCCUGCAUGGUUAUCUGAAUUUGACACUCCUUGGGAAAAUUACUCUAAUCAAGAUGUCCAACCAACUGAAUUAGAGAAGAAGUCGAGCUCUAAGGAUUAUGGCGUAUGUAUAUCGUUUUAUAAAUGGUACUCAUCCACGAUAUAAGACCAAUAAUAGACGUUAUGGUAACGUCAUAGAAGCUCAAGAAAUCAUCCAUGUUCGCUCAAAGCUGAUAUCCAUAUACCAAAGGCUAUUUUACCCAAAUGAGUACAUGGCGCUGAGUAUCCAAAGACCGAUUCCUUCUUCUAGUAAACUAUUGAGUUUGAAUCCCUUCUUAGAUUCCGAAGGUCUAAUGCGAAUUUGCGGUCGACUUGAAGUAUGUCCAGAGUUAUCCUACAACGAGAGACAUCCUAUAAUUGUUCCAUACAACUGUCAAUAUUCCAAACUAUUAGUCCAAUAUAUCCAUUUGAUAAGUCUACACGGGGGCAAUCAACUUGUCCUCCGAUUGGUCCGUACACAAUACUGGAUACCAAAGGUUCAAAAUCUUAUAAAAUCCAUUAUACGAAAUUGCAAGAUCUGUGUCAUAUAUAAGAAAAGAUGCCAAAAGCAGUUGAUGGCUGCAUUGCCUCCAGAAAGAUGUGAAAUAUCCCGACCAUUCACACAUACCGGUUUGGACUUUGCAGGACCUUUUGAUAUCAAGAGCUAUACUGGAAGAUAUUGUCGGAUUACCAAAGGAUAUGUGUGUGUGUUUGUCUGUUUUUCCACAAAGGCAAUUCACCUUGAAGCAACAUCCGACUUAUCCACAUCCAAUUUUCUGGCAGCUUUUAACCGUUUUGUUUCCCGUCGUGGGUGUCCACUCCAUUUGCACUCUGAUAACGGAACUACGUUUGUCGGAGCUUCCAAGAGGAUCGCAAAGGAUUUUAUCGAUACCUCGAAUCAAGCUCUAAUGUCCAAUUACGCCCACCAAAAUUUGACAUGGCAUUUCAUACCUCCCGGAGCUCCUCAUAUGGGUGGACUCUGGGAAGCCGGCGUAAAAAGUUUCAAACAACAUUUCCGCAAAAUUGCUGGCAAUACAAAAUACACAUACGAAGAAUUUCAAACCUUGCUGACUAAAAUUGAGGCGUGUCUAAACUCUAGACCAAUAUCCCCAUCUUCUCAAAGCCCAUCAGAUUUCACCGCAUUGACUCCUGGACACUUUUUAAUCGGUUCUCCUAUACUAUCUCUCUUAGAACCAGAAAUUUCCCAGUCAUCCAUUUCUAUUCAAAAUCGCUGGCAACGAAUCCGAUCAAUGUAUCAACAUUUUUGUAGCAGGUGGAAGACUGAAUAUCUGAAGGAACUUCAUAAAAGGACUAAAUGGAAAAGUCCAGAACGCGAUGUCGAAGAAAAUAUGCUGGUGGUUAUUCAGGAAGAAAAUCUCCCUCCGACCUGUUGGCGUUUGGGCAGAGUGGUUCGUGUCUAUCAUGGCAAUGAUCAGAAAGUGCGCGUUGCUGACAUUCUCACUCAGAAGGGAAGAAUCACCCGGCCAAUUACAAAAUUGGUCAUCUUACCAGAUAACCAGUCUUAGACUUUAUCCUCAUACAAAGCCUAAGACAAAUCAUUUUUUCCAUUUUCUAUUUCACUUCCAUUCCAUUUUUCUUUUUGUAAUUCGUUCCUUUAUUUCAGUUCUCUAUUUACAAUAUUACUAUGAAGGGUCCUUCGUCUUCUCGUUAUUCGGAAUUUGCCUGCAGGUUGUGCCGCAAAAAACAUCCUCUGAAAUCGUGCUGGAAAUUUCGUGCCAUGAACUCCGCCGAAAGGUUAAAUGCGGUCAAGAAAUAUGGGUACUGUAUGAACUGCCUGGCGCAUACCCAUUCACAGGGCACCUGUUUUACCACCACAGGAUGUGGAUAUUGCCACAAAAAGCACCACUCCUUGUUACAUCAACACCCAAGGUUACAAAAGGCAAAAUCAUCCUCGACAAAAAAGACCAAUAAGACGGUUACCCCUCUUGAUAUCACCACCCCCAAGGACUCUUCAGCCACUACCGGCUCAAUACCGAGGUCAACAUCGACAUCCAGUAUUACCUCUUUGUCGGCACUUCUUAGGCAGAAUGCCACCCCUCUUCUUCCUACUGCAGUCGUCAAAAUCAACGGAGCAAAUGGCACACAGUUGGCAAGGUGUUUAUUGGAUUCCGCGGCCCCCAUGAGCUGCAUUUCAAAACGCUUCGUAGAUAAGCUGGGGUUGUCUACGCUCGAGUUGGAAGAUGAAGUUAUGUGCCCCGUCACCUUGACAUCCUGCGUCGAUUCCAAGACAAAAAUAGAGGCUAUAUUGCGAAUGAGGAACAGGAUUGGAAUUACAACUCCUAAGCAAUCGCUGCCCGAGUCUUCAAAACUCAGUUUCAAAAACUUCGUCCUAGCAGAUAGCAAAUUCUACAAGGCAGCUUCUGUUGAUAUCGUCAUUGGGGUUGACAUAUAUUCCAAAAUUAUAGUCGACGGCAUCUUUAUUCGCCAUGGACUUCCUACAGCUCAAAAUACCCUUUUCGGAUUAGUGCUAUAUGGAACAUUUUCAAAUUAAUACAAAUAAUUGUACUCUCUUCCACCACUUUUAUUCUGAAUUUACGAUACCUUUUUUUUUAAAUACUAAUAUGCCAAUUGAAAUCACUUGAAAAGACAUAUUGUAUUAUGAUAUAAUAAGUUAUGCAUUAAGUCAUUUAGUCAUAUGAAUUUAGUCCUAAAUGAAUUGAUUAUAUAAUUGUCAUGUCCCCUUGCCAUGGGGGGCGGAAUGUUUACGUCAAAACGUAAACCAUUUUCACUUUCUUAAAUUGUAUCUUAAAUAUGAAUAGCACCAUUGUUAGUGUACUAUCCAUUCGAACUGUUAUCGAAGUUAAGAUAAAUAUGCUAUGUUUUUCCUUUUCCCAUUUCCAUACUUUCUUUUAUCGGCCUUCUCUAAUGGCCAUAUUGGGAGUCUAAUUUCCGCAUUAUCUUGGAUUCUAUUCUAAUUCGACUCUUGAACCUUACAGUCCAAAUCCAGUUCAAUCCUAAUAAAAAGAAUUCUAAAAGAACUAA